AAAAUUUAAUAUUUUCUGUUUGGUAGCCGAGAAAGAGCAGUAGCAAAUUGAUCCUGUUUGUAGCCUAGUAAGAUGUCAAAAUUCGACUACCCUAGACUAUCCAAACCACAAAUAAUCUCAAUUUUAGCAGAAUCAGAAAUUGCAGCUGUCACUGAGAAUGAUCUCAAAAACCCUAAGAUGGAAAUUGUAUCGGAUCUUUAUACCCGACUUCUUAUCCACCUCGAUCUUCUCAAUGAAGACGAUCAAGGGCAAGUGGAAUUUGCUGCAUUAGAGCAGCUAGAGAAUCCGGAUCAUCAUACGGAUUCCGUUCGGGUAAUGACAUUGUUUGUUAGGAUAAAAGAGAUGACUAGUUUGGUGCGUUGCCCUCUAAAGUUUACUCUUAAAGAUCUUUUGAGGCCUGAAGGAGAUAGGCUUGAAUUGUAUCUUAGUGCAAUUCUCAAUUUUUGUCUUCACAAAGACACAAAGAUGAAUGUACUGAGACCAUUAGGGGAGGAACUGACACUUCUUGAUGAGCAGAGAAAAGAAUGGGAGGAUAAGAUUUCACAGUUGAAUGUGGAAAUUGCUGAACAUAAUGCAGCGAGAGAGAUAGACUUGCCACAGGUUCAAGAAUUGGAUGCCAAAGUUAAAGAGUUGCGUCAGACUGUCUCGGAACUCAACAAUCAUCAGAGCUCACUGAGAGCUGUUUCCCGGAAGUUGAAAGAGAAAGCUGCAGAAUUGGAUAGAGAGAUUUCAAAAGCUGAAUUUGAUCUGGUCCAAAGUGUUCAAGAAAAUGCAAACUUGCGAUCCAAAAUUGUUCAGUCGCCUGAUAAAUUGCAGAGGGCUCUGGAAGAGAAGAAAUUAGUUCGUGAAGAGGUGAAGAAUGCUGAAAGAUUAGCAAUGCAGUCGUUUCAGGAGAAGUCCGCCAUUCUUGAAGUUUAUACCAAGACUCUCACAAAAAUGACAAAGCACUUCAAUCAGAUGCAGGAAAUACAGGAACAGGUAAACUCUGCAAAAUCCAUUGAAAAAGAUCACAAGGAGCUAAAAGCAAAGCUGAGUAAUGACAGCAUGUUGGACAAGAAACUGGAUGCCGUAUUGGCUGACCGACAAGCAAAAGCUCGACAGUUAGAUGAGUCAAGAAUGGCGUUAGAGAAAGAAAGAGAUUCAAAGUGUGAGGAUGCUACCAAGGAAUUUAAUAACGUUAAGUCAGAAGUGGAAUCUAGGAGGGGUGAUCUGGAGGCAAGGCAAAGGAAGGUUGAAGCUGUAUUAUCUGAGGUUGAUGCCAUUACUCAAAAAACAAACUCGGUAAAAGAAUCUGGAGCUGCUAAAGUGCAAGAAUUAGUUGGUAAAGGCGAAGAGAUUGUGGAACAGUUUGAAAAGUACAGGAACUCUAUGGGGCUGGCGCUGCAAAGUGGUGGCAGUCAGGAUUCAGGAAGUAUUUAGUAAAGUUAUGUGAGUUUCCUUCAUAAUAAGUCUAGUUAGGUUGAUUCAAUAGUUGUCGAGACUUGAGAAUUUAACUUGUUAACUAAGUCUAGCUGCUGAGACCUGAGAAUUUACCAUUUGUGUAGAAGCUCAUAUUUAGGUUAAUUUAAUAGUUUCAUGUAUAAAAAAUACCCCAACAUGAUAGGUUGCUUCAACAGCCUAUCGUAAUUUACAGUGAAGAGCAAUUACAUGGUGAUUGUUGAGAUUCAUAUAGAAGAAUGAUUUGAAUUCUGGCUUAUGCUUGGUCAAUUCCACUUGUGGGUUAGCUUAAGGCAAAUUUGUGCAGAGUUCUAUGAGAAUGUAUUUCUUACUUUCUUGUGUUAUAAGAAACCAUAGGGGUAAACUCCCUUAAGUUUGAA